GCCCACCACGCAUCCCACCAGUCCGCCGCCACAGCCUCGCUCUAGGGUUUCUCUCUCUCCCGUCUCUCUCCUCCCAAUCGAAUCGGAAUCCAUGGAGUCGUCGCGGUCGCGGAAGCGCACGCGUCAAGAGUUGGAUGGCGCCGGCGCGCCGCCGCCGGAGCGGGAAGUGGUAGCGAGGGGCGGCGUGUCGCCGCCGUGGAGGGAUGACGACCGCGACGGACACUAUGUGUUUGACCUCGGCGAGAACUUGACCCGCCGGUACAAAAUCUUGAGCAAAAUGGGAGAAGGUACUUUUGGACGAGUUUUGGAAUGCUGGGAUCGCGACACACGUGAAUAUGUUGCAAUAAAAGUUGUUCGGAGCAUCCGAAAGUACCGGGACGCUGCAAUGAUUGAGAUUGAUGUGCUCAAUCGCCUUGCAGAAAAUGAGAAAUACAGACCCCUCUGUGUCCAAAUUCAAAGAUGGUUUGACUAUCGCAAUCAUAUAUGCAUUGUAUUUGAGAAGCUUGGGCCAAGCUUGUAUGAUUUUCUAAAGAGAAAUAGAUACCAACCUUUCCCUGUGGAACUUGUGCGGGAGUUUGGACGGCAACUGUUGGAAUCUGUAGCAUAUAUGCACGAAUUACGCCUUAUUCACACUGAUCUGAAGCCAGAAAACAUACUCCUUGUAUCUUCUGAACAUAUAAAGGUUCCAAGUUCCAAGAAGAAUUCACAAGAUGAGAUGCAUUUCAAGUGCUUGCCGAAGUCCAGUGCCAUAAAGCUCAUAGAUUUUGGUAGUACUGCCUUUGAUAAUCAGGAACAUAACUCAAUCGUUUCUACGAGGCAUUACAGGGCACCUGAAAUAAUCUUAGGGUUAGGCUGGAGUUUGCCAUGUGAUAUCUGGAGUGUUGGUUGCAUCCUUGUUGAACUAUGCUCGGGGGAAGCAUUGUUUCAGACACAUGAGAACUUGGAACACCUAGCAAUGAUGGAGAGGGUUUUAGGACCGAUUCCAGAGCACAUGAUACGGAAAGCUAAUUCAUCAGCUCAGAAAUAUUUUAAGCGAGGUACACGUUUAAAUUGGCCUGAAGGUGCUGUUACAAGAGAAAGCAUUAGAGCAGUCAGAAAACUACAUCGGCUAAAGGACUUGGUUGCGAAGAAUGCGGACCAUUCAAGGGCAUCCCUGGCAGACUUGCUAUAUGGUCUUUUAAGAUUUGAGCCUUCAGAGCGCCUUACUGCCCAAGAAGCUCUAGACCAUCCAUUCUUCAGAAAUCCAGCUCCAACAUAACUCUUUUGACUCUGCUCCUCACAAUAGCUACGCCAAGAACGAGGCCUGGAGUAGCAGGUACAAGACCAUUAACAUAAGGCCGUAGGCCUUUAGCUAAUCUCUACCCCAAAAAAGGUCAUCUAAGCUGAGCUCUAGUGCUUGGCGGUGGUGAUAAGCUGUUGUUUCGGUCACCCGUUGUAAUGUACAAUAGCAUUUCUUCUGGGUAGAUUAGUGUACCAGAUGACACUUGUACAUUACAUUAAAUACAAGCUGUGCGGCCCGUGAAUCCGGAUCCAGAUCCUAUUUUGUGAUCACACCGCAAUGGCCGUUGACCAAGGCAGCUGUAAAGGCUUUCCGAUGCAUGUAUUUUGCCUGGGAUGUUUCUGUUGCUUCGGUGGAAUCUGACCAAAGUUAAUCUUCCCAGUAACUUGAUUAAA